GUUGUUUCAUGAACCGUGUCAACAUUGCUCAUUGUAACAAACAAAUCAUUUUUGGAGAUGCGGAAGUGUGUUUUGCGUAUAUGUACACAGUUCGGUGAGCAGAAGCAUCUGUACCAUGGAGACGAAUUCCGAAGAGACGUUUCUUGUGGCUGAUACAUCUAUUCUUGUUGGGGCCCUUCCGUUCAUUCGCGCAGUCAUUGAAAGUGAAGAAUUACCCUACGUAGUGUACAUCCCAUACGUCGUUCUCACUGAACUGGAUAAAGGCCGGACUGCGGCUCCUGUGAAUCAAUUGAUCAGUCGGUAUAUGAGGCAGCAAAGUAUGAGAUUAUUGGCUCAGAAUGGAACUGAUCACGAUAAAGUGUUUGUGGCAAAGGGCAUUGUAGUUACUAACGACGAUUUGAUUAUGGGUGCAGCGCUUCAGUUGAAGGAGACAGGAAAAUCUGUAAUUUUACUGACUAACGAUCAUAACCUAGUGUCAAAAAGCUGUGCCAACCAACUGAGAGCGAUGACUUCCUUGGACCUGAUGGUGCUGCUCCCAGAAGCUAUUUGUGCAUUAGAAAAGUUUAUUAUGAGAGAUAUACAGGCAUUGUGUCCCCAGCGCGAUAUAAUUGUUAGGUUUACUAUAGAACUAUUGGUUUUCACUCUUAAACUACACCUUGCUUCCGUAGACCCGGACUUACAUUAUUUUGCCACUGCAGACAGGCUUGCAUAUGAGAUCCUGGACCAGGCGACUAAAAAGCAGCUUGCAAGUAAAACGAUGCUACGGAAGGUUAAGGAAAUUAUGAGAAAAUGUCGAGAAAAGGCCGAGAAAGUCUCGAUAGAUGAGGUCCGACGUCUCAUUAAAUAUGCGUGUGCAAUAUCGGAACAAGUAAAGACGAAAAACAUAUUGGCAGUUAAGGUUCUUAAUAUUUAUAAAGGAAUAUAUGCUGGCAUCAAAACAUCAACAAGGCAAACGUACGCUCUAAACUUUGAUCAUCUCAAAAACAAGCAAGUUGGCGUCUCUGAGCUUGGACUAUACAAAGAGCAAAACAAUACUACUAAGAUUAAGGCAGGGAAGCUGCAACAACAGCGACAUCAAUCGACCAGGGAUACGAAAAAAAAGCCAAAGCAAUUAGAGGAAGACACAAGGCAUAGGAGAGAAACGUAUCAUAGGAUGCUUGAAGAUACCGAAAUUAGUGAUGAAGACAUAUUACCAUUUGACACUGAUUCAACAGCGACGGUUAACUUAAUUCCACAGUUAGAAAAUAAUUCCGUUUCCAGACGACUAACUCGUUCCAAAGAAACUAUCGCUACUGAGACCCUAGUUCGAACUUCGAUGAAAUAUGCUUCUAAACAUGAAAUACCGACUAAUUGCCAAGUUCUAGAUAGCGAGGCCGAUAGCGACAAACUGUGGUCGUCUGUGAAACAAGCAACAAAACGAAGCUUUGAGAGGCCGGCGUUCAAUAAGGCAGAGCACAAUCCAAGUGCACAAUUAUCAAGUGCCAAUUUCCACCUACUUUUCGAAAGGCAUGAAGAUUCCAGCAGGAUGGACACGGAAGAAAGCGUUGCAGUUAAACGUCAGCGUCAAAUAGAAAGCAGGAGUUCGACUAUUAUUUCGGAUAAAGAGCCCGUUUAUGAAAUGCUCAAUUCCGCUUGGCAACAUCUCAAUAAUAUAACAGGAAGCUGGGCCUCAUAUUGUAAAAUUGAGUACCCCUUUGCGCACGAACAGAAAUCGCCUGAUCCUACUUACGAUCAUCCUCACCUCAAUCGCUGGUCACAGGUGGUUGCGCAAGUAAGUGAUUUUUACGAGCGUCUCCUAAAAAUAAACUGCACAGUCUCGAAAAGUAUCCAAAUGGAAGUUGCAGGAAGAUUCAAGGAAAACAUUAGCAAAAUUUGGGGACCGCUUGAACAUCUGCCGUGCUCCGUGAGAAUUUCCAGCCCAGCUGAAAUACUCAGCUUUUUUGAGGAUGAUCAUAACAGGGAAUUAAUGAGUAAUGGCUUGGAGCAACUGAAAACUUUCCGCAGGAUCAUUCAACAGUGUGACAAGAAAUUGGUAAAUGAAUUGUUUCAGAGAACGAAAAAACGAGUAUGCAGAUCAAGCGCUAAGGUUACGGCAAAGUCUUCAAAAUCGACUGAUAAAUAAUAUUAUAUUAGUAUGUUUUUGAAAUUCGAGCAAUAGUUUGAAUGAGAGAGAGAGAGAGAGAAAGAGAGCUGUGAAGUCAAACGACAUCGCUUUCAAGCUAUGAUAGUGCCGCAAAGACACGUAAUAGAUACCAUUAACUUGAGAAGCAAUAUUGUAGCCUGUCUCUCUGUUGAACUAUUGAACUGUAAAUACUAAGCAAUCGGUGCUGUAGCACCAGUCCUUCACUAUUUUCCAACGCAAGUACAGGUGACGCUUGAUUCGAAACUUGUGAUAAGGAUCCUUGUAUAAAAAUGUUUUAAUUUAAAUGCUGCUUAAAGUAAAACAUUCCUAUGCAAAGCCAUAUAAGAAAUAAUCAUUUCUUCAUCGUAAAAUUCAGGCAACGAUCGAUUUUUAUAUUUUAGAGAUAAUGGUUAUAUAAUGUUAUGUGCAAUAAAGAAUACCAGUCACGCAAAUAGCUUCCUAUUUAUAUCCAGUUUUGAAUAUCUCUAGUUUUUCCAUAAUAUAUUAUUAUCUGUUUUGGACAAGCAGUCAAUGCCUGUGAGAAGUGGCUUUAGAUUUUCGCCUAUUCACGAAAAGUUACCAAUUAUCUUAGUCGACAUAGUCUUGUAAUCUUACCCAUCUAACUGAAACCAAUCAUAAUGAGUAACUGGCUGUCAGCGGCACGAGGCUGCACUCUUCAACGUCAUACUUUUGGCGGAGUUUAUAAUAGUUGAGAUAAUAUUGAUGGUAAUGCUUGUUUGUUUACGCCAAUUGUAAUUGGUUUAUUGUUUAACUGUAAGGAAAUUGUUUGCAGCUGGUUUACAACGUCGAAAGUGUCGACGUCGUCUUCAUUUAAUUCAAUAUUCUACGCGGUCGACAUGAAUAUUUCAAACUGUUGUUAGCCUGUUUACGCCGUACGUAUAUACAUAAAACUGAAAGGACCGCUCCAGAUAGUAAAAUAGGCAACUUUCCGCACGAUUUUUUUCAUUUGGUGGCGAUGUCUGAACAACGGCCGCGUUAUCGUCGGACCACCUCGGAGAGCCAUUGUAGUAGACAGGAUUUUUAUACAUCAAGACAAUAAAUCAUUUUCAAACUAAACUAAAACAUGUUUUGCGCAUUUCUGAGCAGAUCGCAAAGGAUUUCACAAAAAAGUCUGCCUAAGAGAUAAAUACAUAAACAUUUAAGAAUAUAAAGCUUGAAAUUUGUCUGCACGUGCUUUGGAGAGCGUCGCUUUCAUCGCACUGUGCGUUUACACGAACGAUGCAGUUUUUCACGAAAGCGUAUAAGAUGGCCAGAUCUAAAUAACAGGAUAGAAGCGCCAGCAAACUGCCUUUUCUGCAUACAGUAUAUUACAAAACGUACAAAGCAGGUUCGCUGACAUUAGUCCCACAUAAGCGUUUAGCAAGCAAUUUAGUUGGAUGGCCAGAUUCACCAAAGGUGGUAUACGCUAGACAGCACCUACUGUUUAUUAUGGGUGGCUAGAAAUGUUUCCGGUCACCGAGAUUACUUCUGCUAAGACCAUUGAAGAUCUCGGAAAUGAUUUACUGCGAGUGCCAAUCCCGGUAGAAUUGUUUCAUAUAACUAAACUCAGUUCGUUAAUUCUUCGCGUAGACAUUUCUUGUUCUAUGUCGAGCUAGAAUAUUAUUUGGGCCUAAAAAUUGACGCAGGAUACUCUUUAGAGUUUUUAUGGAAAGGGCUCACGCGAAUUAGGCUUGAGCAGGUUACGGCCGUAUUCAUGAAAACUCUGUACUACGGUCGUUUACUGUUGUAGCUUGGUAGCAGUCAUUUUCAAUUUUGACCAGAGAAAAUCAAUAACAAAGGCAAUAUGUGAAAAAUCAACUUGCAUCAGCCAGAACACAAUCAACUCAAUAGUACGAGGACCUCAGUAAAGCUACCUCUUCGUGUAUGGAAUUGAAACACUAAAGGCAAACUAGAAGGUUUAAGUGACACCCGCAGAGAAGUUAUAAAAUUGUCUUAGAGAAGAACAUAAUAAAACACAUUUAAUGGAGUAUAUUAAAUGUAUCCCUAUCAUCAUAGUUGUUGAAAUAAAUCACUCAUUCAUGUGAG